UGAUUAAAGAAUUUGUCAAUUGGGCGAGUGACUGAGUGAGUGGUCUUCUUCCUCCCCUCUUCCCCUUUCAAACCCUCAUCGCCUUUGUUUACUAUUUUAUUUCUUUCACAGAAUCCGCGUAUUCCAUGAACUUUCUCGUGAUCCCAUCCAUCUCUCUUCAAUUCUGCAACCACAAAAGCAUCUUAAUCUCCCACUUGCGCACUCGCAAACCCUAGAUUUUAUAACCAUCCAGGAUUUUGAUUCCUAUUUUUCAUAACCAACUCCAAUAAUGGCUGAAAAUGGCGAAGAGAAGCUCAUUGCCGUUGCCCGUCACAUUGCUAAAACUCUAGGCCACACAGACAAUGCCAUGACUGAUGACAUACUCCAAAUCUUCUCUAACUUCGAUGGAAGAUUACGCGAGAAGCUCAAUGAAAACUUAAACGACGGAGACGAUUCACGAAACGGUGUAGCUGCGCUUGAUCAAACCCUUAAAUCUCUCGAUCGUCAGAUCUCUAGAUACGUCACGGUUGACCACCCGAUUUGGUCAGAUUCCGCCGACGCGUCUACCUUUCUUGACGCUGUCGAUGAACUCGUUGCCGCGAUCCGGGAGUGGACGCCGAUGGCAGCUGAUAAAGCAGUCACGGCGUGCCUUGACCGAGCCGAGGAUCUACUCCAACAGUGUAUGUUUCGGCUUGAGGAGGAGUUUAAGCUGCUAAUGGAACGCGGCGGCGCUGAUCCCUUCGAGAAUACAGACGGAGGUGGCGGUGCUUAUGUAGAUUCUGAUGAUGAAGAAGACAAUGAUGAGUACGAUGAAGCAGAGAUUCCGGUAGCGCAUCCGGUGUCGGACUACAACAUCAUAAUUGACGCUCUCCCAUCCGGUACGAUCAACGAUUUACACGAGAUCUCGAAAAGAAUGGUCGGUGCGGGGUAUGGAAAGGAGUGCUCACUCGCUUACAGCUCAUGCCGGAGGGAUUUUUUAGAAGAAAGCCUCUCGAGAUUAGGUUUUUCAGGGUUGCAAAAAUCAAAUGCAGCUCUUGAAGAUGAUGAUAACGAAGUCGAAAUCGACAAGUGGAUCAAAGCAAUCAACAUGGCUGUUCGAGUGUUUUACCCUAGCGAACGCCGCCUCUGCGACCGUGUUUUUGGGUACUCCUCCUCCACCGCUGCUGCAGCUGAUCUAUCUUUCAUGGAGGCGUGUAGAAUUUCCUCUAUGGAGCUCCUUAAUUUUGCCAAUGGAAUCGCAAUGGGUAGCAGAGCACCAGAUAGACUGUUCAAAAUUCUUGACGUUUAUGAAGCUGUGAAGGAUUUAAUGCCUGAAUUCGAGGUACUAUUUGCUGAUCAAUACUGUCUGUUCAUUAGAAACGAAGCUAUAAGAGUUUGGAAAAGAUUAGGGGAGUCGAUCAGAGGAAUUUUCAUGGAAUUAGAGAAUUUAAUCCGCCGUGAUCCAGCCAAAGCUGCUGUUCCUGGUGGAGGUCUUCACCCCAUAACCCGUUAUGUCAUGAAUUACCUCCGAGCUGCAUGUUCUAGACCAACCCUAGAACAAGUUUUUGAUGAAAACGUUGUUCCUCCAGUGGGUGUCGAUAGAUCAUUCUCACCAUCUUCUCCAUUAGCAGUACAAAUCGCCUGGAUAAUGGAAGUUCUAGAAAGCAAUAUAGAGUCAAAGUCUAAAAUCUACAGAGACCCUGCUUUAUCAUCUGUUUUCAUGAUGAACAAUGGAAGGUAUAUUGUCAAAAAGGUCAAAGAUGAUGAACUGGGUUCACUUCUAGGAGAUGAUUGGAUCCGAAAACACGUAGGAAAAGUGCGACAAUAUCAUGUGAAUUACCAAAGAAAUUCAUGGAAUAAGAUACUCAACACUUUGAAACUGGACAACAAUAACUUAUCUCCCAAUGUUGCCUCCAAGUCCUUCAAAGAGAAACUUAAGCUAUUUAACUCUCAUUUCGAGGAGAUUUGUAGAAAUCAAUCAACAUGGGCUAUAUUUGAUGAGCAGUUAAAAGAGGAAUUGAAGCUUUCGGUGAAUGGAGCUUUGCUCCCUGCUUAUAAAACUUUUCUUGCCAGGUUUCUUAAUAUUCAAGAUAUUGCAAAAUAUGCAGAGAAACAUGUUAAGUUCAAUGUUGAAGACGUUGAAGAACGAAUCAAUGGCUUGUUUCAAGGAACUGCUGUUUCUGGAAGUGGUCGGAAAUGAUAAUCCCACAAGUAAGCCAAGCCACUCUUGUUUUUUAUUUUAUUUUUUUGUUUCAGUUUUGUAUCAUACUGUCUUAUGUAUGCAUAAUGCUCUAGCAUAGUGUAUGUUUUAUGCCAUGUAACAUUUGUUAAAUUUUGGCCAUUUGUAUGCGGUUAAUCUCAGAUCCAUCGAUGCCCAAAUAUUUUAACUGUUUAUGGAAGCUAAAAUAGAAUUGUUUCUGUGUA